UACGGCCCGGCAUAAUGCAGUCAGUUGUCAUUUUCGCUUGGUUGUUCGUAUUAUGUACACUGUAGUUGGGUCACUGUCGUGUUUUGUAGGGUGAGGGAAUUACUUGUGUUCGACUACUUCUACGACCCUCUCGUUGUUGUUGUUGGUGCUGGCCUGUGCUGCGCAUGUAUUCCUGUGGAAUGGUGUAGGAGACGGGCCAAGGCCUCAACUGGUUUCCGUCAUGGCUGUCAAUGGGGCUCAAGGCCAGACUAAGACGUAUGGCACGACAUCCGCCAUCAGCGAUGCACCCCCAAAGCCAAAGGAUCUAGUGUUGACAAAAGAGCUGGAGGAAUGUUUACGCGCCCGGAAUUACUUUGAAACACCAGACGAACUAGAGCAACGUGUGAACGUCUUAGCUCGUUUAAAUGCCUUGGUGAGAGAGUGGAUCGUCAGUGUCAGCAUGAAGAAGCUGCCUGAGUCUGUGGCCCGGGAGCAGAACGGGAAGGUGUUUACUUUCGGUUCCUAUCGGCUUGGCGUGCAUAAUAGAGGUGCCGAUAUCGAUACGCUGUGCGUUGCUCCAAGACACGUGGAGCGGACUGAGUUCUUUACCGAAUUUGUCGAAAUCCUGCGCAAUGAGGAAGGCAUUGAAGAUCUCACCCCUGUGGAGGAUGCAUUCGUGCCGGUGCUUAAGUUUUCGCUGAACGGCAUUGAAAUUGAUUUGCUCUUCGCCCGCCUUGCCUUGCAGUCCAUACCAGUCGACCUGGACUUACUCGACGUUAAUUUAUUACGGAACCUUGAUAUGAAGUCGGUCCGGAGUUUGAACGGAUGCCGUGUCACGGAUAAAAUUUUGCAGCUCGUGCCCAAAGUGGAAACGUUCCGUUUGGCUCUCCGAUGUAUCAAGCUCUGGGCGAAGUGCCGUGCUAUCUACAACAACAAGCUGGGCUUCUUAGGCGGUGUGUCCUGGGCUAUGCUCGUUGCUCGCACUUGCCAGCUGUAUCCCAAUGCAGCUGCCUCUACUAUUGUCACGAAGUUCUUCCUCCUGCUGUCGAAGUGGGAAUGGCCGCGCCCUGUGUUACUGGACAAUCUUAUCACGCAAGGCGAGGCCCCGCUGGAUAUGGAGAUCUGGGAUCCGCGGCACAACAUACAGGACCGCUUUCACCUCAUGCCCAUCAUCACGCCUGCGUUUCCGCAGCAGAACUCAACGUUCAAUGUAACAAGGUCAACAUUAGAGGUGAUGAAUGAUGAGUUUGAGAGAGGUUUGGAGGUGAUGCAACAAAUAGAAGAGGGUGCCAAAGACUGGACUGAGCUUUGGCAGCCUAACAGCUUUUUCACUUCGUACAAGCACUUCAUCGUUUUGACAGCAGUUGCCCAGACUAAGAGCGAUGAGCAGGCAUGGCUUGGCCUAGUGGAGUCGAAGCUGCGUAAGCUAAUCCAGUCUUUGGAACGCAACGGGUAUAUAACACGCGCUCACGUCAACCCCAAUGCGCAUGGUCCUCUGCCGACAGAGGAGCAGCAGUUUGCACUUCGCUGGUUCAUCGGACUGCAGUUUCAAUCCAUGGAGGGCGUGAGUGUGGAUCUCACAUAUGACAUUCAAUCAUUUGUCAACACCGUCCACCGACAGGCCGUGAGCAACAAAAUCUUCCGUGAGGGUAUGGCAAUUGAUGCCAAGUACUUCAGACGGAAAGACUUGACGCAAUUUUUGCCUGCAAGCUUGAUCAAGGGUAAAAAGCGAUCUCUGGGUAAGUCUGACACCCGCAAGGCAGCGCUAUCGGCCACGGUGUCUGAUACACCAGAGUCCUCAUCGGCACCGUCAACUCAAUUAACUCAGUCCUGCCCGGGAGAGCAGUCUACGGCCAGUCCGGAGGAUGACGACGACUCUACAACACAGAAGAUAUCGGAAGUAGGGGAACCUGCAGCACGGGUAGCGACCAAGGACAGCGAUUCCGCUGACGCUGCAUCUCCUGUGUCUUGUACUGCUGACAAGAAUGCUGCUGCUACAGACGCAAAGACAGACCCGCUAGCCAUGAAGCGCCCUGCACAGGGCCAGGACAGCCAGCCAAAGAAAAAGAAAUACGAAGAGGUCGACUCUACUGUUCCCUGCAGUUCAGCUGUGGAGGCUUGAAAGCCAUACCAUGUUCUGCUGUGUGUGUAUUCUGUCGACGACCGGAUCUACGAACCACUAUCGAAAAUGACUCAAAGAAAUCGCUUCUGUUUAGUCACGAGGCAUCGGAUGCUGGUGGGUGCCAUGCAUACUAUCUCCUUCUCUCUCUCUUCUGUGUCACGUCUGUCAUUGCUCUAGAACUCCUUCCAUGGCUACUCUUCUUCUUACUCCUUUCUUUACCAAAAUGUGGCCACUAUGUUCAGGCGCUCCUUGAAGUGCAGUAGCCCUCUUGACCCUUCUCUGCCUCCUAGCUGUAUAUACUCCACUACUUGGUGUUGUGUGUGUGUGUGUGUGUGUGUGUGUGUGUGUGUGUGUGUGUGUGUGUGUGCGUGUGUGUGUGUGUGUGUUGUGACCCUCUGUUGCCUUUCCCGCGAGCUUACGUCUGUGUCUAGAUAACAGUUAUUCCAAGAUUGUCAUUCUCUCCGUGCUGCACAUCGUUGUUCACCCCUCGUGUUGGCGUACAUGUUGCUUUUCAUCUCGCUUGUUAUUUUCCUCUUGACUUGUUCUAGCUGUGUUGGCGCCGGCGCCAGUGUUGCUAGAUGUGAAUGUCCUUGAUUUACCUGCCUCGUUUUGUUUACUCUUGGCUUGCUUCGUUUUCUCUCUUGUUGCUGCGUGUCGUAUCCUUUGUAAGUGUUGCACGAUCGUUCUGCAGUGUGAUGUGUAUCAUGUGUGUGUGUGUGUGUGUUUGUUUUUUGUUGUAACCCACGCUAACCCUGUGCCGUACACUUAUGCUGUGCAUAACUCCGUACCCUGUGUGCUGCGCUGUGUGUGUAUGUGUGUUGUGUGCACCGCACUGUUUACCGUAUACAUAGAGUGCCACCUAGAGUGCUGCCAGUCUUUAUGAAACAUCAAAUUUCCUUGUCUUAGCUCUUUCCUAUUAUUACAGCCCUAAAAAAAGAAACAUAACCUGAGAAGUGACUCUACAUAGUUUUUUCCCGUUCUUUGUUCCCCUUCUGAUAAAAAUCCAGAGAGGAAACACCUUUCCGGUUUGGAAAUGACAGAUGCCAGCAUACCUUUUCUCUCUCAUUUUUUCGUUGUUUUUUGCCUUGCAUAUUAGAUAUCUGAUUUGAGCAGGUAAAGCAAGGUUACUCGCAUCCGUCUUAAAUCAGAACUAAAAAACGAAUAAACAGGGGUCGGAAAAUUGUAAAAAUGACCUCAAAAACCA